GUCCAACCUAUUAAAAAUUAAUAUUUACUUAUUGUAUUUUUAAUGCGGCUCAAUUAGAGAUCAAGAAUUUGUGCUAAAGAAAAGAAGAGAAAAUUCGGCGUCUAGUUUCCGAAUAACUGCGGAAGUCUAAACUGGACAGUCCAAAAAAAAAAAACAGGGCAUUACGAAUCCGGCAUACACACUUGACCAGGUUCUUUGACAACAAAAAAAGCAAACAUGAUGUGGUGGAAAGACAAAGUGUAGCAAAUCUUGCUAUAAAUACAGACAAUUCAUAUGCUAAUCCCCCAUAAAACAAGCAAAUAGCACAUUCCUUACCGUAAAACCCUGAAAUCUUUUAGUAUUUCUUAAGAUUCUUUAGAGAAAACAACAAUGGGGGAUGAAAUUGAGAUUGAGAUUGAGAUUGAGAAAAGAAUGAGAAUGUUGGAAGAAACAAUUGAAAAGGCAGGAGGAUGUGCAGUAAUGGAUGGAGGUCUUGCUACUCAACUUGAGUUACAUGGUGCCUCCAUUAAUGAUCCUCUUUGGAGUGCUCUUUGCUUAAUCAAAGAUCCUCACCUUAUCAAACAGGUUCACAUGGAAUAUCUGAAAGCUGGUGCAGACAUUUUGGUUACUUCAUCUUAUCAGGCUACCCUUCCUGGAUUUGUAUCAAGGGGUCUGUCGAUGUUGGAUGCUGAGUCAUUGCUUGAGAGAAGUGUUAGAUUGGCUAUUGAUGCCCGUGACGAGUUUUGGAACGAGAAUAAGGCUGAAAAUGGUUAUAGUAGAGCCUUGGUAGCAGCUUCUGUUGGAAGUUACGGAGCUUAUCUUGCUGAUGGUUCUGAAUACAGUGGACAUUAUGGAGAAGAUAUUGACAUCGCAAAGCUGAAGGAUUUUCAUAGACGAAGACUGCAAGUUCUUGUAGGAGCUGGUCCCGAUCUAUUGGCAUUUGAAACAAUUCCCAACAAACUUGAAACUCAGGCCAUUGUUGAGCUGCUUGAGGAUGAAAAUGUCUCGAUUCCGUCAUGGAUCUGCUAUAGUUGUGUAGACGGUGAGCAUGCCCCAUCGGGAGAAAGCUUCAAAGAUUGUCUUGAUGUUAUCAAUAAUAGCAAGAAAGCUGUGGCCACAGGAAUAAAUUGUGCACCGCCAAACUAUGUCGACGGUUUGAUUCGCAAAUUUAAGAAGCUUACGGACAAGAUGAUUAUCGUUUAUCCAAACAGUGGUGAGAUAUGGGAUGGGAAAGCUAAGAGAUGGCUGUCACCUCAAUGUUCGAAGGACAAUGAAUUUGGGUCAUUAGCUUUAAGAUGGCGCGAUUCUGGUGCUAAAAUCAUUGGCGGAUGCUGCAGGACAUCGCCCGCAACUAUUCAGGAUAUUUCAAAAGCUAUGAAGGGAAAACCUUCAACUUAAUUCUCUACCCUUGUUAAAGUUACUCCCCCUCACCUGAAAGACUCUUUACUAAGUGUCAUUUGAUUUGUUUGUUCUAAUUAUAAAGGUUUCUUCAAUGUAACUGCCAAAUUUCAUUGUAAAAAAAGCAUGUGAGGCUUAUGAGACCGUAAACACAAACUCAUAAGUCAUAACCAAAGAGAAGAGAAUCAUUUUUAUAAGCUAUACAACAUAAUGCUAAUGAAAGAAAA